AAAAAAAAAGUAGAAAAUGGGUUGAAUUGAAUUACAGGCAGGCAUACGUGGCACCACGUACAACCUUCCGUUGCACGUUCAACCAUCGGUCGCCGCCUUCUUCUGCCAUUUAUUUUGUCCACUGGCCCGCCUUCCAUAGUGCAACACAAUCCGAUAUAUAUAUAUAAAUAUCCCAAUAAAUAAAAAUUGAGAAAAAUUAAAAGGGAAAAAAAUACCAACUCCAUAAGAGAUGAGAAAUAGGGAAAUAUCUAGAUGCGCGAGAUUCUAGAAGCAAUGGAUUCCACGCCGGUGAAUUGGGAAGCACUCGACGCCCUAGUCAUCGACUUUGCCAAGUCCGAGCGGUUAAUCGACGGCUCGUCGCCUCCGUCUUCUCCUUCGCCGUCCUCCUCCUCGUACAGGUGGCGCCUCCUGAUUUCUCAGAUCAGGCGCUUCCUCGAGUCCGGCGACAUUGACUCCGCCAUCGACCUCCUCCGGACGCACGCACCGGCGGUGCUCGACGAUCACCGGCUCCUCUUUCGUCUACAGAAGCAGAAAUUCAUUGAGCUGUUAAGGAAAGGAACUGACGAGGAUCGUGAUUCUGCUAUCAAGUGUGUGCGUGCAUCUCUCGCGCCGUGUGCUUUGGAUGCCUACCCAGAAGCAUAUGAGGAAUUUAAACAUGUUCUUCUUGCUUUAAUUUAUGACAAAGAUGAUGAGACGUCUCCGGUGGUAAAUGAGUGGUCUGAAGGCAGAAGGUUUGAGAUUGCGGGAUUCCUAUCUUCUGUAUUGCGGGCCCAUUUACAUGCAUAUGAUCCUAUAUUUUCAAUGACGUUGAGAUAUUUAAUAAGCAUACACAAGGGAUUUUGCCUUCAUCAAGGAUUUUCAUCACCCAUAACUAAUCUUACAGAGAGGUUGCUUCUUGAGGAGCGUGACCCCCCUGCAACACCACAAGAAAGUUUGUUUGAAGUGCCUCCAUUUGAUGAGGUGGACAUCCAAGCUCUUGCUCAUGCGGUGGAACUUACAAGACAGGGUGCAGUAGAUAGCUUGAAGUUCGCCAAGGGUGAUUUACACCAAGCUUUUCAGAAUGAAUUAUGCCGGAUGAGAUUAGAUAUAACUCUCCUCGAUGAACUUGUUCGCGAGUAUUGCAUUUACAGGGGUAUCAUAGAAUCUGAUCCAACAAAUCAUGGCGAAGGGUUGCAUGUUACAUCUGGAAAGGCAGUUGUUGAUCAAUUGAACCCAGGCAGUAAUUUAUCCGAAAAUUGCUCAAUUGGUUCCGACAGUGAUAUGUCAUUAAGCAGUGUUCACAUCGGAGGUUCUCAAAGUAAACUAGAUCUGACGAGCACACAAAUUGCUGACAUGGAGGUCCGGUACCCUCACGAGUCCAUCAGUAGUAAUGAAGACUGUAGCACCAGUAAAACUCGUCAUCCUCAAGGCAACAAACCUGUGCAAAGAAACAGGAGUCCUAUGGAGAGGGGCAAGCGCAAACGAUGGAGGGGAAGAAAUGAGAAUCUGGAAAUUGUUUCUGAACCUUCUAGUGACACUGACUUAAACGAUUGCACGAAAAUGGAUAUGAAAAAGUCAUCCAUGACGUACAAUGUUAGCAAUAGGUUGAAUAAGUACGAAAUCAUCUUAGGAAUGAAGGAAUUAGCCAGCGAGGGAAUGACAACGGAGGUUGUUGAAGAGAUUAAUGCUCUGGAUCCAGACUUUUUCACUCACAAUCCAGUACUGCUCUUUCAACUGAAGCAGGUUGAAUUUUUUAAGCUGGUUCGGGCGGGUGACCAUUCUUGUGCACUGAAAGUUGCCUCAUCUCAUUUGGGUCCUUUGGCAGCUAAAGAUCAAGCUUUGCUUAAACCCUUGAAAGAGACACUGUUGACUUUGCUCAAAUCAACUGAAGAACCGAUUGGCAAACAACUGCCCUUGGAUACACUUGCAACUUCACUCCAGGUUGCUCUUGGCAGGAGGUUAGGUGUUGAGGAACCCCAGCUAAUGAAGAUUAUAAGAGCGACCCUCAACACACACAGUGAAUGGUUCAAGCUCCAAAUGUGUAAAGACCAGUUUGAAGGUCUUUUAUGGAUCAAUUCCCUAAAAGAAGUUGGUAGUCCUUUGCUUGGAGAUGCUGCUUCAAAGUCCACUAUUGAUACUUGUACUCAAGGCUCUUCACCAGUUACAGUAUCCUCCAGCAAUGCAAGGAUGCACGAAGAUGGUAGCAGUCCUAAUCAAAUCUCGUCCACUGAUAUUGGAUGUGAUGAAAACUCUAUAAUCAAGGUUAUGGAAUUUCUUGCUCUACCCAGAGCGGAGGCAAUUCAUCUCCUUGCCCAGUAUAACGGAAAUGCAGAAACCGUGAUUCAGCAGAUAUUUGCUUAAGCUUAAGAGUUGUACAUCCAUUGCAAAAUCUAGUCCUUUUCAAUUGGAUUAAUAUUUAUGUUCUUGCAUACCGUAUGUUGUGUAUUUGUACAACUAGCUCAAUAGGAAAAAUAGUCUCUCUUUGUAUUGUGGAUAGAGAAGAUGAUACUGUGUAGACGGGGAAACGGGGGUGUUCAUAUUCUUUCACGGUUGCUGAAUAAGAAACAAUGUUAAGAUACUAUUCUUUGUAACAACUGGACUUGGUUUUGUUCAAUUCUACGGUUUCGUGU